AUGGAUGCAUGCCAGGUAACGUGGAACGAGUGGCGAGCUAUGCAAGAGCGAAUUGCAGGGGCCCUCGCUGCAACAGCCAGCCAUGCCCACGCCUGGCGGAAACGGCUAACAGAGGUCACGAAAUGCCUUCCACAGGAUGAAGGAGAUGUGACUGGCCGAGCUUCGCUGACGAAACUGGUUGAUGGAUUGGCAAGCAAGGCUUGUCCGAAAAGGCCGCCAGCAGGGGAGCUUGUUCUGGCCGAGGAGCAGGCUCUAGCGCCAUCCACGGAAACGGGAAGUACAGGCGGCGAGCUGAUCUCGCAUCAGCCCGAAGCAAACGUUUUCGCAGUAGCAAGAGGAGUGAGACAGGGACGGGGUGUGGUGAAGAGCAGACAGCACCGGAAAUCACUUCUUUCGUGGCGGAGGGACCUCAGAAACGGGGGCUGUGCCAUGGCGGCCCGGUUCCGCGAGCUGCUACAUCAGCUUGGCCAGGAAUACGAAACACAGACAAGCGAAUUGCGGAAGCUCCGACGUGAAGUACAGAGGUUGGGUGGUGAUGUGGUGGUCGCACCCGAAUCGUCGCCAGCUCCUCCGUUUGUGAUGGAUCCUCCAGGAUCCGUGCCGAUGAGCUCGUGGGACGUUCGCUUUGCUGGUGCCCAGGGUGGACACAGCGCAGAGUUGCAAAGCGUUGGGCUCCGACAUGCCUCACGGAGCCAGAUAGCCUCAGAAAACAAUGAGCUGGGCUUGAACCGCAGCUUCAUGGAUUCGGGACACAAGCAUGACUUCGUCGAAGAGAUCAAGGAGCUCCCAAAGCUGCCGUCGAAAACGUCAAGAGCUCCGCCAAACAAAUUCAGCAAGACCUUCACUCGACAGGUGAGUGCCGGGUCGGAGCCCGUGGAGGGCGGGAAGGAUGACAAGGAGAUGAAGUUCUCCAUCUUGCGGGCCCAGAAAACGAAAAACUACAUCUACUCAAAGCCGUGGUACAUCAUCAAUCCUGAUCGCAAUGCUGCGGCAUCCGCAUGGCAGAUGGUCGUCGGCGUGUGCUUGAUCUUUGUGGCCGUUGUGACGCCCUUCCAAGUGGCUUUGCUGGAUCUCGAAAUAGAUGCGGUUCUCGUGAUGGGCCUUUGCGUGGACUUCGUGUUUCUCAUCGACAUGGUUCUUCAAUUUUUUACUACCUUCCCGAAGUCGACCACUCAUGGCAUCGUCUGGGAAGUGCGCUUGGGGAAGAUCUGGUGGCACUAUUUGAAGUCCUGGUUCGUGCUCGACCUGGUGACCCUCAUCCCCUUCGAUUUGUUCACGCUGGCGGUUCAGUCGGAUCAGUUGGAUGAGCUGCAGAGCCUGAAGGUGUUUCGGACGCUGCGACUUGUGAAGAUCAUGCGCCUGGCCAAGUCCUCUCAGUUCAUGCACAAGAUCGAAGUUCCGCUGUCUAUCCCGUACCAGCAGAUGGCUCUGACACGGUUUUUGCUGAUCCUUGCCUUCGUGUGCCACUGGCUCGCGUGCUUGUGGGCCAUGACUUUGGGCCUGAAUGAGGACAACAUCCCCACCUGGAUCGACGGCAUUGAAGCAGAAGAUCUGGCUUUGGGGAUUCGGACUCGGGACUCUCCUUGGCGAGUGUACCUGAGUUCCUUCUAUUUUUGCAGCUACACCCUCACCUCCGUGGGUUAUGGCGACAUUGGACCAGCCAAUAUUCUUGAACGGUUCGUUUGCUGCGUCGUGAUCUUGUCUGCGGGCUUGGCGUGGGCAUAUGUCAUUGGCGAGGUGGCCGCCAUCGUCCAUGACCUGACAGCCGAGAGCCAUGUCUUCAGGAAGCGCAUGCACCACCUGAACCUUAUGAUGCGAGACCAAGGGCUUCCACACGACUUGUGCUGCCGCCUGCGAAGCUUCUUCCUGCAGAACCGACAUCAAUCCCUGGUGAUGGCUCGCCAAGCUCUCUUGGAGCGGAUGAGCCCGCAGCUACAGUCGGAGGUGUGCAUUGCUACCAACUUCGCAUGGCUUGAAAAGGUGUACUUUUUCAAGAAGUUCAUGACUUUUAUCAGAAAGCAGGAGCGUUUGGGCAUGCAUACCGAACCCUAUCAAUCAUGUGUGGCACACAUCUCGAAAAUGCUUUCCUUUGGAGCCUUCGCGCAGCGAGAAGCCUUCACAAAUGUGCAAGUGCUCUACAUCUUGUCCAAGGGCUUAGUGGCUUUGAACAGCAGGGUCCGAUCCCACGGAGAGGUCUGGGGCGAGGACUUUGUGCUGUGGGAUACGUCUCUCAUACACCCUGUCACCGGCUACACUCUCACAUACGUCGAGGUUCUGUCUUUGUCUCGGGAAGACCUCAUGCACGUGAUUCAUGAAUGCCGCUUCACCAGUCCGGAACUGGGUCAGAUCGUGCGGCGCUACUGCGUGCGAAUCGCAGUCUAUCGUGGCGUUCUCAACGAGGAGCAGCAAGCAGCGAUUGCUGAGUUUAUCGUAGAUGGCUGGCCCGAACGGAGGACGUGGCUUUUUGAUGGCCACAGCUGCAGCGACUGUGCGUUUGAGUACUUGGCAAAUCCAUCAGGCUCCUUCAGCGUCGAGGUGUGGGCGGCCUGCAACGGGACGGUCGGCCAUCAGUGCCUUCUGGCCUCUCGGGACCUGGCCGGCAAGAAGGCAGCGGCUAAGUAG